ACAGUUCUAGCUGAAGAAACAAACCGAUCUACAUGUGCUUCACUAUCCAUUGGAAGAAUGACAGAUGACAAAGAUGUACUUCGAGAUGUGUGGUUUGGACGAAUACCAACUUGUUUCACUCUGUAUCAGGAUGAGAUAACUGAAAGGGAAGCUGAACCUUACUAUUUGCUUUUGCCAAGGAUAAGCUACUUGACACUGGUAACAGAUAAAGUGAAGAAACACUUUCAGAAAGUUAUGAGACAAGAGGAAGUUAGUGAAAUAUGGUUUGAAUAUGAAGGUACACCACUGAAAUGGCAUUACCCAAUUGGUUUGCUGUUUGAUCUCCAUGCAUCAAAUACAGCCCUUCCUUGGAGCAUCACAGUGCAUUUCAAGAAUUUUCCAGAAAAGGAUCUUCUGCCCUGCCAUUCUAAGGAUGUGAUUGAAGCUCAUUUUAUGGCUUGUAUAAAAGAAGCAGAUGCUUUAAAGCACAAAAGUCAAGUCAUCAAUGAGAUGCAAAAAAAGGAUCAUAAGCAACUGUGGAUGGGAUUACAGAAUGAUAAAUUUGAGCAGUUUUGGGCAAUAAAUCGAAAACUCAUGGAGUAUCCUCCAGAAGAUAAUGGAUUUCGAUACAUCAUUUAGAAUAUUUAUCAGGCAACGACAGAGAGACCUUUUAUACAGAAGCUAUUUCGACCAAUUGCUUCAGGAGGACAGUUGCAUACUUUGGGAGAUCUGCUAAAAGAUGUGUGUCCUAGUGCUAUCACCCCUGAAGAUGGAGAGCAGAAGACUCAAGUGAUGAUUCAUGGAAUUGAGCCAAUGCUGGAAACACCCAUACAGUGGCUAAGCGAACAUAUGAGCUAUCCAGAUAAUUUUCUCCACAUUAGUAUCAUUCCCCGACCUACUGAUUGAAACUCAGCUAUACUGGUAUGAGGAUCAUUCUCAAGCUGGAAUUAUAAGGGCAUGUCAACUUCUUGCUUCUGUCAGUCCUGACAGAGGCAGCCUGACCAGAAAAAAAAACCAACGAAAAACCGAAACAAAACAAGAAGUCCUCACUGCUGCAAGCCAAACAGGAAGAGAGAUCCUAUCAUCAGAUAAGGGCAAUUGGGCUGGUCUUAUUUUGCAUCACCGCUGCUUUUCUUCACCACUGUAAUUAAAUCAGUUGCGAUAUGAAAGAAUUUACAGGAGCUCUGCAAGUCUGCUGUUUUCUUGUAAAAUACAAUGAAGCUGAAACUGUCAGCCGGAGAGCAAAUGGAAAUAUGCCACUUGAUUGUAUUUCUGAUUAACAAAUAAACAGGGCUGUUUCCUAAAGCGGUAGUGUUUCAACUUCGAGAGUGGAAACAUUGGUUUAAUUUUCUAGAAAGUUAGACACUGAGAGAUUCAGUUACCAAUAGCUUUUUGUAAAAGAUCAAAUUACUGUAAACCCAUCUUUCCUUAAUGAGAAGUUCAUGUUUACAGUAUGUGUAUUGGUAUGCAAAUGAUCUUUUAACUUUGAUAACAAGCAGUGAGAGAUUUUAAAGUAAACCCGUGAGCAUGUUUUGUCAUUUAAAAACAUGCACAACUUAAUAAUUUACAAAUACUUUUGAUUUGUAUGCCGUUACUGAAUACUCCAGUAUGUUUAUUAUUCAAACCAGUUUUCAUAGACUAGCAAUGAUGUAGGAUAACUUGUCUCAGGAUUUGUCAUGGCAUUUCUUUGUGCUCAUCUAACUUUUUUUCUGUAAGAAUAUUUUCUUAAUGUAGUUUAAAAAGUUUAAAAAAAAAAAAAAAGUAAACGGAUGUUGCAAA